AUGAUUACAUUUACAUUGCCAGAUGGUAGCUGGAUAACUGUGCGUGCAAGUGGUACUGAACCGAAAAUCAAAUACUAUAUUGAACUGAAAUCAGCUCCCUGCGAAUCCGAAAAAUGUCGUCCAGUGGGUGUCACCGGUGCGGAACAAUUAUUGCUGGAUACACAUGCGCUGAAAACGUUUCUUCUUUCGAUGCCAUCGGCGGAGUCGUCAAUAAACACCAAACCACCAACAGUGUAUACUAAUGUCGUUGUAAAAACGAUGACCAAGGCGGAAAUGGUCCUCAAGAUAUUUGUCCAUCGAAUAGCUUAUCUUAUGGAUUUUCAAUUUUACAGGGAUUUAGCGGGGAUCGAGAAGCAGCUCAGUGAACUGGAACAGGCAGUGGUCGAUCACUUGUUGGAGCCGAAGCUAAAUGGUCUCAUUGCAAGAAGCUGA